UGCCGUAUUGGAGACUGCAGAGGUUUUAGCUUCUUAAUUAUAUCCACGUUAGAUCCCCUUGUUUAAUUUUCUUUCUCCCUACAAAUUCUAGUCCGCGUAUAGAGAGUCGUUUUUUGAGUUUGGUUAACUGCUGUGUAAGACAAAUUCAGGAAAAAUGCAGUAUGCAAAGGAGAAGUUGAGCAACAUGGCCAGCUCAGCCAAGGAACACGUAAAUAUUUACAAAGCCAAAGUUGAAGAAAAGAUACAGGCAGCAGCGGCGAGGACCAAGGAACAGAAAAAGAUGGCAAAAGAGCGUAGGAAAGUGAAGGAGGCGAGAGCAAAGAUGGAGCUGCGCAAAGCCAAAGCCAGGCAUGCUGAGAAGAAACUCAUCGGCUCCAAGCAAUCCCAUGCUCAUCAUGGCCACCAACCGCUUGUUGCCACGCGCCAUAAUACCCAUAUGCAUAUGGCCCACCACCAACACCAGCCCAUGACUGCAACCCACUAGUAUCAUGUCAUCUGUCCACCCGAUGUAUGUAUGUAUGUUGGGACUCUUUCAAUAAAAGGCGGAAGCUUGUCAUGUA